ACCGAAUUUCGCGAUUAUUAUGAUCGGGUCCCACCAGUGCAUGUUCCAAUAAACUGUGUGUACAAGUAUGCAAGAUUACGGCUUUCUGGUUCCAUCUUAAACUGCAGGAAGUGGAAAUAAUAUAGGUGUUUGUUUUGGAUCAAUUAAUAUACACUUAAACCAUGGACCAACUUCGUCCACCUGUGGAACGACUGAGUUUUGAUAUGUUCACAGCCGCUUCGGAUUUAUUGCACGAAAGAGGGCAAGAUGACAAGAAUUUUGUUGUGGGAGCGUUUUCAGCAGCAGCAGCCGCUGCACUGAUUUAUGUUGGAUCGGAGGGGACCACAGCCGACCGACUGAAAAGGAUCAUGCGUUUUGAACGGCUCUUCGAAAACCGCUGCACACCACAGCUAAUUAUGAUUGCUUUCCGGCAAGCAGUCGCCCACAUUACCAAGCGUCCGGAUCAACACUUUCCGCUGGAUGAUCAGUCAAAGCAGAGUGCCUUCCAAGUUGUACUGGCCAGUAAAGUAUUUUUCCGUGUCGGUAACGCGAUCCGCAGUGAACUCUACAAUAACGCCAAACACGUUUUCAACAAUGAUAUAGCCGAAAUGGAAGACAUCAAAGACGGCACCACGCUGGACGAGCUGAGAAAAAACAUCAAUCAAUGGGUGAAGAAAAACACUGAUGGGGAAUUUGCUGAAUUAUUAGCCCCCAUUGAUUUGCAGGAUGUGGAUGACGACUUGACAAGAAUGUUUCUUCUGAACGUGACCUUUAUGCGGGCGCGGUGGAAUGAGUCGUUCAUGUUUAGUGACGUAACCGAAGGUAUCUUCACCAAUGUCCACGGGAAACAGCUCGCGGUGCCAAUGAUGCAGGGAAUUAAACAUCUGGUAUAUUCGGAGGAUACGGUACACCGGGUUAAAUAUAUUGAACUCCCAUAUGCGAACAACGAAGCAUCACUGUGUCUGAUGUGUCCAACACCGUACCGUGGACGCCGCCGGACCAUCAAAGAAAUGCUCAGGAACUUUGAGUCGGAUACCUUCGCAAGAAUAGCUGUUAAGAAGAAAUUACGAAAAGUUAACUUCAAAAUGCCCAGAUUUAAGGUUGAUAAUACAUUGGAUCUGAAGGAUAUUUUUCAGCGAAUUGGUAUGAUGGCUGCGCUGGAAGGCGUAUCAUCGGCAGCCACCGGUUCCAGCGUAAUGGACAAUUCCGGGUUUUCUCUGAUCGGAGCAUUUCACAAAUGUUCAAUGGAGGUCAACGAGUUUGGAUCAUCCGCCGAUUCUUUUUCACGUAAGCCUUCGGAAAAAAGUGAAGUCCCUGAAUCAAGCAACGAUAUUCGACAUAAUCGAGUGUCAUCUAUUAGCGAGAUUGUGCAGUUUCACGCUGACCACCCAUUUAUAUUCAGUGUGCGGCACAAUUUGUCUGGAUUGAUUUUAUUUGUUGGACGGGUGGCCGAUUUUCCGAGUGCGCCAAGCGUCAGUAGCAGUGCAACGCGCAGUAGUUCCGCGUCGAAAACGUCGGAAACUAUUCGGAAUUUCUUCAGUCGGCAGCUGAGUGGCGGAAAAUUCCCUUCGCUGGCCCCAACAAAAAGCGCUCCUAAAUAACCUUUCACCACAAAUUUUUUGCUAUUUGUUGGCAUGAAGUUAGUAAUUAGAGUGUACGAUGGGUGCAUAUGCAGAUUAUACGAUACAAGAAAUCAUAGUGUACAAUGCUACCAUGAGUCCUCUUUGUAGAAUCCUUAAAUUUGCUCAUUACUUGUAACGUAGCCACAAUACCGCUUAAAACAACAGUACAAAAAAGUUCGUGAGCUGUGUAGUAUAAUUAAUGCGACUGCUGUAUAGAGGAAAGACACUAUAAAAAAAUG